GCCGUCCUCAGAGCCAGACUUGUACUGCAGCUGUACCUGUACCUGUACCACACCUGUACCCUAGUUAGCCAUCGCCACACACACAUCAUGAGGCUGCUCGUGCUGAUGGUGUUAGUGUGUGUGCCUCUGUGCUUGGCGCGCAGGCUCAGUCGUUGUGAAGUAGCCAAGAUCUUCAAAGCCCAGGGCCUGGACACCUUUGGUGGACAUUCCGUAGGCAACUAUGUGUGUAUGGCCUACUGGGAGACUAAGUGGAAGUCUCACAAGGUGAGAUCUGCCGAUGUGGGGAAAGACUACGGAAUUUUCCAGAUCAACAGUUUCCAGUGGUGUGACGAUGGAACCCGUGGAGGAAAGAACCAGUGCAACGUCAAGUGUGCAGAAUUGCUGAAUGAUGACUUGGUGGCUUCUGUUAAAUGCCUGAAAACCAUUGUGGAGCGGGAUGGGCUGCAGGCUUGGGACAGCUGGACCGACUACUGCAAAGGGCGCAAGAUGACCCGCUGGGUAAAAGGGUGUGACCUUGUGAAGGAGAGUUGAAGGACACGGUGGAUCGGUGGCAUGUGUCUGCAAAUGCAAAUACCUGUGCAUGGUGCUUCCCAUUAUGUAUCAUUAAAGCAUAUCUCACUGAAGACAGAAGUCAA